UUUGUGUACACACAUGUUCCACUGAAGCACUUUGUAAGAACUCAGCAAUGUCAACUCUGUCUGCAUCAGAAAGGCGUGAAAGAGAUUACAACAUGUCACAGAAAAUGCACUGGCAAAAAUCCUCCUCUGACCAAUCACAGCAGCGACCUUAUUUAGGUGUUCGUGUGAAAGAUCCUGUGAAGGAACUCCUUAAAAGGAAACGCAAAAACAUUGAGAACACUAACACAACCACAAACAGCACAAUGGUUUUGCCACACCUUUCGAUGACAUGCUAUUCACAAAUAGGACAUCCUAUCUUCCCAGAGGCUGAUAUUCCUUCACCAUCAGUGCAACAUGCUGAAGAGGGAACUUUCCACACUACAUGGCUGCCUCAAUCAUCUUCUGCUACCCUGCAACCGUUGCCACAGUGGUCACCAUGUCCCGAAUACCCCUUACAUGAGACAGUAAACCCCUCAUACAUGCAAGACAUGUGUAUGCAGCCUGUCUGUUCCAGUUAUGCAGUUGUGGGACCUCCCUCAGUGGUGUCUUACACUCCACAACCAUUGUUGAGCAACUUUGGGAUGAAUUGUCAGUCGAGGGCCCCCACACCAGGUGGUGUUCCACAGUUGGACCUUGCAGAUCAGCAGCCUGCGCUCAGCUACUUCUCUUGGAGCCAGACACUUUCAUCGCUACCGGCACCAGUGGCGCCGUGUCAGAGCAAUUCACUGCAGCCUAUGCCACCUCAGUUUGUACCCCUGCCCAUUUCUGUUCCUGAGCCUGGGCUCAUGGAGCUGGAAGAUGCCAGAAGGACCAUUGCAAGCAUGGCCAUUGAAAAACUGCUCCAGCAAGAUGAAGACAAUGACACAAUCCUUCACAUCUACGCAGCCAAAGGAAUGCGGGAACAUGCCUAUGCAGCUGCUGAACGAAUGCGUGAGCUCAGACGAUUGGAUACUAAAGAACACCGGGGAAAGACACCCCUAUUGGUUGCUGUGGUCGCAAAUCAGCCUCUGAUUGUACGGGAUCUGAUUAUGUUCGGUGCUGACCUGCAUGCUGUUGACGACAGAGGACAAACCUUUCUACAUCUGGCUGCUACCUAUGGCCAUCUGAGUAUCAUUCAGAUGGUCAUAGCAGCUGGAACAUUGGUGAACUUGGAAACCAGGGAUUUUGAAGGGCUUACACCUCUGCAUUGUGCUGUCAUUUCUCAUAACUCUGUUUUUCGGGAACUGUGCUAUGAUCCUAACCUGUUACCACAGAGGCAGGAUGAGCUACAGUGCAAAGCUGAACAACUGUUCUCCUGCAUCAGACUUCUAAUUGAAAUGGGAGCCCUGAUAACCAGCCAGGACGUGAAAAGCAAUAAAACAGUGGCACACUUUGCAGUUCAGGAAGGAAACCUCUUGCUGCUGGAUUAUUUUCUGAAACUCAGUGGCAGCAGGUCACAUGAAUUUGUCAAUAUGAAGGCUCAUGGAAAUACUGCAUUGCAUAUGGCUGCAGGUCUCCAAAAUGAGAGAAAUCAAGAGAGAAUAAUUAAACUGCUUUUAUAUCAUGGAGCUGAUCCCAGCAUUCGGAACCUGGAAAAUGACCAACCCAUUCAUCUGGUGCAACCAGGAGAAGAAGGAGACCGGAUCAGGUAUCUCUUGAAGAAAGGGAGAAUUGGAUCAGGAUCAAACCAUCGAAAUGCUACAUCCUAGAAAUGUAGCCCACAAUCUGGACUUAGUACCGCCACCUUCACUCCUGCGGAAUGAACAUGUACCUUAUAUUAGGAAUGUUUUAAUGUGCACUCAUAU